AUGGAGGAGAGCAGGAUUCUGGGGGAGGACCUCCAUGCGCUUCCAGAGCGUCUGCUAGAGCGUCUUUCGCAGAUUCCGGGAUACUCAUGGGACCAGAACGUCACCCCUUUUCAGUCCUCCUACGACCACUGGCAGUUCACUGGAAUCAAAUACUCCGCAGACUCCGAAAGCAUUUCGACGCAUACCGCGGCCUCCUCCUCGUCUCGUUCCAAGGCCUCCGCAUCGUCGCAUAACUCGCCGGAGCUGGAGCCAAGGUCCUUUUUUCCGUCGCAGUGGCGAAAGGCCCCCAGUGAAGCUGGGAGUGAGAUCACAUCCCCACGCGAAGAAGUCGAGAGGCCAUGGCUUCCCGUCAUAGCCCGUGUGUCCGGCCAUGUUGUCCGCCUUGAGCGUGAGUUUCACAUCUUGCGGACGAUCGUUGAGACCUCCGAUCCAGAAUGCAAGCACACCGUUCGCCCCAUCGAUAUCAUACACCUUGCUCGCGAGCCAGAGGACAGAGGGCUGCUCCUCGUCACGAUUUAUGAAUACGUAUCGCCUAACUAUCUAAGACGCUUGAUUCUGGGUGGGCCGCACUCCUUCCAAAUGGAUUGCAGUGUCCCGCCAUCGACCAAUCCAGAUAUUGAAGAGGUUUCACUGCAGGCGUUUUUUGAUUUUGCCAUUGGAGCUUGCGAGUGUCUCGAGUUGCUGCAUUAUGGUCUAAAGACCAUCCAUGGUGAAAUACGUGGUGACGCUUUCCACUUCUCCGAGGAAACUAGGGUCGUUAGGCUGAUGAAUACCGGUAAUGGUCCUAGGUCAUUCGACAAUGCUCUAGGCGACGGUUGGGCCGUCUUGUCAAAGGAAAUCGGCGUCAGGAACAAGCUACAGUUUAUCGCGCCAGAACAGACCGGAAGAUUACCAACAGAGCCUGACAGCAGAACAGAUAUAUAUGCUCUUGGUAUUCUACUAUGGAUUAUGCUAGCUCGGAAGCCCGCUUUCGAGGGAAAAGACCUUGUUGAAGUAGUGCAGAAUGUCCUGAGCAAGAAACUAUCUCCCAUAUCGACCUUACGCCUUGAUAUGCCUGAUGCAUGCUCCGCCGUUAUUCAAAAGAUGACCAAAAAACAAAUCAAUGAGAGGUAUCAUACCAUCUCAGCAGUCAAAUGGGAUUUCCAGCAGAUCUCCAAGCUGCUCGGCGAUGGGAACUCAGAGGCACUGAGAGACUUCCAGGUAGCCCAGCGGGAUGUUUCCUCUUUCUUCACGCUACCUUCCGGCAUGUUUGGAAGGAAAGUCGAAUUCGACCGGAUUAUGAGCGUCAUAAACAAGGCCAGCAAGCGACGGCAAGCUGCCACCACCCCUAACAAGCCAAGUCUCUACGCAAGGAGCUCGGCUUCGUCGAUUUCGGGCGACAGACUAGAUGCUGUUGAAGUUGAUGCCUCCAGUGAUUCUGGUUCCUACGCAGCCCCUAUUUCAGCAUUCAGACCUAACUCGAUUUCUCACGCUUCGACCUCUCAUGGCUUGAUGCCUUCCCACGAUUCGAUGUUCAGUGGUGAUCAUGGCACUACUAGCGGUAAAUCCACGCUUCUUUCAAACCGCAUGAAAAGCCCUACGGAUUCGCGAAUGUCAUGGGAAUUUAUCGAUCGUGACUCCCCCAGCGUCGCAUUCGACUCGACCUCUCUAGCUCGGCGAAAAGCAGCACAUACAAAAUAUAGACAUGGUGGUCGAUGUGAAGUGAUAACGGUGUCUGGACCAACCGGAAUGGGCAAAUCAGACCUGCUCCAGCGUCUGCUACCCGAAAUACGCAAACUCGGUUACGUUGCCGUUGCAAAGGUCGACCGACAGUCUAAAUUGCCGUUUGAUCCUUUCCUCAAAGCACUAGCCAGCCUAUUACGACAGAUAUUUUCUGAGCGUGAUAUUUCGACAGAAUACCACAAUUCCAUCCGCAAUAGCCUGCAGCCCAUCUGGCCGUCCCUCCACCAAUUCCUCGACCUUCCCUACCAGCUACUCUUCCAAGAUAAUGUCGACUACGAACCACCGGUACACCAGAGAUCCUUUCACCCACUAAAGGGCCUAAAGGAGGGUAUAGAAGAAUCGUUCAGUGUCAGUGCCCCCGAAUUUACAAGUCUCAGACAUGGCCAAACCUCACAAGAUUUCAUUCAGGGACCGUCCGCUUCAGGAAUGAACUUUGUGGAAAUCGUGAUCGACGUGCUGAGGGUUAUGUCCUUAUACGAGGUCAUCUGCAUAUGUAUCGACAAUGCACACUUCGUGGACGAUGAGUCUGCCGGCCUAUUGCUUGAGAUCAUAAAGAACAAAGUCAGAUGCGUGGUCAUCCUCACUGGACGCACCGAUGACAUUGUCUCGCCUAUCAUGAAAUCCAUUUUCGCAGGCGAGGGAUCAAGUAUUACAAAUGUGGUACUGGAACCUCUGACCGAAGAUGAUAUUCUUGAAUUCGUCGCCGCGACAAUGCACCAAACUUCAAACAACUCUCUGGUCCCCCUAGCCGCUGUCGUUCAGGAGAAGAGCCGUGGAAACCCCUUUUACAUUCGCAUGAUUCUUGAAACAUGUUAUCGGAAGAACUGCAUCUGGUACUCCUGGAGAGACGCUGCGUGGGAGUUCGACCUUGAUCGAGUAUUCUCGGAAUUUGUUGUCCCUGGGUACGGCGAAGGCAUUGGAACCAACUUCGUUGUCAAACGAUUGCAAGAAAUGCCUUCUGCCGCACGUUCUAUUGUCCUAUGGGCUGCGUUGCUAGGCACUACCUUUUCAUUCUCGCUUGUGCAAAAGCUACUUUCUGGAGAAUUCCUGUUUGAGGUUGGUGGCGAGGAAGAAGAUGAUGUGACUUGUCCCGCUCAGACCAAGUGGAAACAAAACAGUAGUGACAUUGUUGCUGGGCUUCAAUUCCUACUUCAGGCAUACAUCAUAAUUCCUGGAGAAACUGAUGAUGAGUUCAGAUUUUCUUCUGAUCAUUAUGCCCAAGCAGUGGCCUCUAUGCGGCAGUGCCAUAAUGUGGAGAAAAUGCAUUUCAUCAUAACGCAAACUAUGAUGAAGUAUUUACCUGACAACGAAGCGACCAUGCACCUUAAAUCUCGCCACAUUGGUCUUUCUGCCAAGCUAAUCAAGGAAAGGGUCCCGAUACGUACUGCAUAUCGUGAUGUUUUGUACAGGGCAGGGCUAUCGAGCUACAAGUCGGGAGCCAAAGCAAUGGCCCUUAAACAUUAUCAACUAUGUGUCUUCCUUCUACAGGACAGCCCUUGGGCCCCAGAUACCCCAGACGCCUACUACGACGAGACUAGGGAGCUUUACAUUCAAGUCGCAGAAAUGCACCUUGCCUUGGGUCAAACAGAGGAAACGUUGAAUGCUCUCAAGCCUGUUUUUGAAAAUGCACGCACAGCACCCUGUAAGGCCAGAGCUUGGACGUUGCGAAGUCGAGUUCAUUCCGUUUCAGGGGACGUAUGUUCUGCCCUUGGUGACCUAUUCACCUGCUUGGAGGAGCUCGGCGUGAAAAUCAACCGCGUAGCAACGUGGGAAGAAAGCGACAAGGCAUACAGAAAAAUUGCAAAGUAUCUUCAAACGAUUGACUUCGAUACUCUGUUAACGCGACCUCUUAGCAAUGACCGAGCCUUAAUCGCGGCCGGCUCAGUGUUGAACGAAGCCAUAUCCAUUUGCCUCUGGCUUGACCCUAUGAUGUACUUCCAUCUUACCGUCGAAAUGAUGCGGCUACAUCUUGAGUAUGGGGCGAUGGCGCAGGUAGUAUACUUGUACAGCCAGUUAUCGACAAUUGCAUUGAGCCGAUUUAAGGAUAUGCAACUCGGCUUGAAGCUUAGUGACGCUGCAUUGUCGAUUCUGCGCAUUACUAGUGACCCAGCAGCGAUCGCGCGUGGCAUUACCAUUCAUAAUUUCUUCAUUAACCAUAUGCGGGACCCAGUUUCUGCGAUUCUACCCCUACUGGAAACGUCAACAGAGGCUGCGUUCUUCCUUGGUGACCGUUAUUACAUCCUUCUCAAUGUAUCCUCGAUGGUUAUCACUCGGCUUGUUCUCGGCCACGACUUAGGGGAGAUAGAAGAUCUUUGCAAUGAUGCGACUGAAGGGAUCGAUGACUGGGUUCAUGAUAUUCGUGGAGGGCUCGGUAUUGUAGCGACUCGUUCACCAGAACUUGCCCUAUCUGAUGCAUAUCAUGACGAUCAAAGAUUGCAGGCGGAAGUUUUGGAGCGUUUCCCUGGCAAACCCCAUGUUCUAGUUACAUACCGCAGUAUCAUUCUCAUUCCACUGUAUGCGUUUGGCCACUACUCAAGGAUAGUGGAAAUGGGUACCGAGAUGGUCGGUCAGUUGCGUGGUAUCUUUUCGUCAAGACUGGCCACUCAGGUUUACUUUUAUCUCUCGUUGGCUACUUUAUCCCUGCAUUUCGAAGACCCUUUGAGACCUGAUUUAGAGGAAAACCUUAAGACGGUUGAACGAUACAAGGAAGAAAUUGAUUAUAUGCGGGACGCCUGUGAUGCAAAUUAUGGAAUGUGGUCGUUACUAGUCAAAGGUCUACUGUCUGAACUGAAGAGAGACUUCCAAGGUGCAUUGGUAGCAUUUGAGAUCAUGCUCAAAUCCACAACUGGCCAAUUGAAGAGGCCAUCGCUUACGAACUUCAAGGUAAAGAUAAUCUCGCUGCAUGAUGCUGUACAACCAUAUAAAAAAAGCUCAUUGCUAACCAUUUCUUGUGCAGUUGAUUUUCUUGUUCGACGUGGGGCUAAACGUGCAGCGCAAAUGAUGCUGCAGCCAGCUAUUUCUGUGUGGAAUAGAAUUGGAGCGUCUAGAAAGGCACGACAGCUAACUGAGAAAUUCGAAUGGCUGAUGAGGAUCGGCACAGUGUCAAGAACAAACGACGUUGGCUGCCAAACGAUCGACUCACUUCUUGGUGUUCAAAAGUCCAACGUUACUGAGUCUACGUCUGAAAACCGUGGCCUUAAUUCUCUCGAGAGCGGCCAUAAUCAGAAAUGGCUGGAACAAAAUCAAGGGAACGAAGGCCCUUCUGACAUAACUGGGGUUGGUCUGGAUAUAAUCGACCUGUCUACCAUUAUCGAAUUCAGCCAUAUCAUGUCAUCUGAACUCGAGGUCAACAAGCUAUUAACGAAGAUGGUCGGCAUUAUAUUGGAAUCAUGCAGCGGCUCGGAACUUGCCCUUGUGAUCACCGAAUUCGAAUCCCAGGGUUGGUGUGUUGCUGCCUCUGGAGACAACGAAAGCGACCCUAUUGCAUACGAAAACGGUCUGCCUUUCUCUGAAGUGGAAGAUAAAAUGGCCCAGCAAAUCAGCAACUAUACUCUUCGUACCAGGGAGGCAGUCUUGGUGCACAACGUCUUGGAAGACGACCGAUUUACAAAUCUCAGCGAAUCCUACGCAUCCCGUCAUCCCCACGGUCGGUCAAUAAUUGUUCUGCCGAUUAUUCAGGCAAAGAAGUUCCUUGGAGUGGUACAUAUCGAAGGAAAACCGAAUUCCUUUACUCAACGCAAUCUGGUAUUGUUGCGCCUUGUUUGCAACCAAAUGGGUAUCUCGCUUGCAAAUGCCUUCCUUUUCCAAGAGGUGCGGAAAGUGAGUGCUGCUAAUGCUGCCAUGGUUGAAGCCCAAAAGCGUGCCUUAGUCCAAGCCCGGGAAGCGGAGCAUAAAGCUAAAAUUGCCGAAGUUGAGGCCAACCAUAACGUUAAGCUCAAGGAAGAUGCGGCAAAGGCUAAGUCAAUUUUCCUUGCAAACAUCUCGCACGAUUUACGCACACCUAUGACUGGAGUCAUUGGAUUAUCGGAAUUGCUUAAAGCUACUAAGCUGGAUCCUAAGCAAGAUGUUUACGUUGAAUCAAUACGUGUUUGUGCCGACACUCUACUUACAUUGAUUAACGAUAUCUUGGACUUUUCUAAACUUGAGGCUGGAAAGAUGAAGGUUUCCAUUGUCCCGAUAAACCUUCGCCAGACAAUUGCUGAAGUCGUCCGGGCCCUUCGAUAUACUCAUCGAGAGAAGGGACUGAACACGAUUGAAGACCUUGAUAGCAUCGAUCCCGACCUUCUUGUCAUGGGAGAUCCCGUUCGUUUGCACCAGAUAUUUAUGAACUUGUUGAGUAAUAGCUACAAGUUCACACCAGCAGGGUCAGUGACAGUUCGAGCAAUUGUCGAAGAAGAUACUCCAGAGAAAAUACGGGUAACAUGCAAAGUUGCCGACACUGGAAUUGGUAUUUCAGAGGAGCAACUAGUUCGCUUGUUCAGACCGUUCUCUCAGGCUGACAGCUCUACUGCAAGAUCUUAUGGUGGUAGUGGGUUGGGGCUAAGUAUUUGCAAGGCUAUCAUCGAGGACGUUCUUGGUGGACGAAUAUGGCUACAGUCCAAGGAAGGUGAAGGAACUACAGUGACCUUCACGCUCGUCUUCAAAAAGGCUGGCAAGGAUGCAGUUCCAAAGGCCCCAUGGACACAGGAGCCGGGACAUAAGCAGCCACAUGCCCACAGAUUACGGGAUAUUUCCCAUAUACCCCGCGACGAUGUCAGGAUUUGCAUUGCCGAAGACAAUCCAAUUAACCAAAAGAUAGCUGUGAGCUUCGUCCACCACCUAGGUCUGUCGAGUGAGGUGUAUAGUGAUGGUGAGCAAGCUGUUGAGGCCCUUCGACAGAGAUCUAGGGAUGGCAAGCCCUUCCAUGUUGUUUUGAUGGAUGUCCAAAUGCCAGUGCUCGACGGGUGCGAUGCCACACGCAGGAUCCGCGAAGAUCCAGACCCAAAUGUCAACGAGGUGCUGGUCAUCGCCAUGACAGCAAGUGCCAUUGAGGGAGACCGUGAAAAGUGCAUUGACGCCGGCAUGAACAAUUACUUAGCCAAACCUGUGCGAUCUGAUGUGCUAAAGGGUAUGCUGGACCGGUACCUGGCACCGCAGACGAAGGCACUGCCGAAGAGGUCAAAGUCAUCGGCUGCUGCCUCUCGUUUGAUAGAAUUACAGGCUACUACUCCGCCUAAACCCCCGCAGCCUGCUCCAUCAAUAGAUGAACUCAUUGCUGAAGAGAAACGGACUAAAGCUACAAUAGACGCUGCGAUUGUUGCGGCAACCAAAAGGCGCGAAGAUACUCCAAAUGGUGAUUCUAUACCUGAGGAAUACACCGAGGGAAGCACCGAGGGAAACACUGAGGACAACACCGAGGAAAACACCGAGGAAAAGAGUCAACCUGUGGAGGAGUCGAGAGUAGAAGAACUUAACGAUGACGAUGCCACGCCAACGCCCCCGAGCAAUGAUCCCUCUGUCGACAAGACGCCGACCUUGAACGCUGAUACCCACUAG